CUAAACCUAACGAGAGUUCCUAUGCAAACCUAAACCUAGAAUUUACUCUCGAGUCAGUGGGCUCAGUAAAAACCCUAACAAACCCUAAUCCGUUUCUCUAAAUCUAUAAAAUAGAUUGUUAAAUUUACUGCUCGCCUGGUUGGAGAAAGGGGGUCGACUCGUCGAAGCUGCGGCGGUGUUUCAGGAAGAUUUAUAUUGUGGGCAAGGUUGAAGCUUUGGUGUUUUAGUUCAGUUGAAGAUGGGUCACACUGCAGUAUGGAAUUCUCAUCCCAAGACGUACGGAUCAGGAUCACGGGCCUGUCGUGUGUGUGGAAACCCACAUGCCAUUAUUCGCAAAUAUGGUCUUAUAUGCUGUCGUCAGUGCUUUCGCAGUUAUGCCAAAGACAUUGGCUUUGUUAAAUAUCGUUAAGUUGUCAGUAAAAUAUUUAAGCUGUUUGAUAUUUGUAGCAAGUAUUUGCAUCAUCAAUGACAAUCACUCUAUUGAAUUUGGGUUGUUCUGGACGCCUUCCCCAUGUACAAUCAAACGCUCUUGUUUUAAGAUCCAAUGUUAGUCGUGUAUUGCACACAAUUCAAAAUUAUUAUCUGUAAUGAUCGAGUAUUUACUAAUUUGGAAGAGGUUUUUUUGGAAUUCUUA